AUGCAUCCACUUCUACUAGGAGAAGAAAAGAAGGACGAGGUGGGUUUGGCUGACGAGCAAAGUGGCGGAAACGAUAGAGAAGACGACGAUAGCGACAACGAUAGCGAGGAGUUGGUGGACCUUCCUCUGGAAAUAACGCAACUCAUUGGAGAAGAUCGAGUAUUCGAAUCGGAAGAAGAACUCUUCGAUACUCUUGAAAAAGUUGGCGUUGGUGAUCUCCGCGUUGUGUUGGUGAAUGGAAAGCCACACCUCGUCACACCGACGCAUCAACAUAACUCGUUUACCAGUCAAUAUGCGAUCGAGUUCACGGACUUUUGCAACACAAUGUGGGGUAAAUGGGGAUGCUGUAGUGGGACACACAAAAUUCAUCUUCUGCCAGGUGGUUCACACCUUUCAUCACGUGACCUAGACUUGAGCUACUGGGGCAAUCCUCGUUGCAGCAAAAAAAAGAGUGGCAGUUUAAAACCUACUGAUGCUGGCUCAAUCCCUGUUGUGGUACUAAUUCAGUUUAGCUGGAAGAAUAAGAAGAAGUACAAAACGGAAGCCAUUGAUGAUAUGAUGAACAGAGGCUUGGAGCAUGAUCACGGUUCUCUAUCGGCAUCUCGUCCAACAUUGGGAUACUUGGUCAAGGUGCGAUUCUCAAAAAAGCGAACGCUGGUUGGAGCGAUCAAAGGUUCAAACACACAAGACAUGGAAGGGCUCCAAAUCUACCGAUUACCUGCCUCAUGGUACAACGGUUGCUGA